CUGAGCCACCCAGGCACCCCUGGCCAUAGUUUUUAAAGUAGAGAUUAGAAAGAGAAAUUAAUCUUCUGGUGUUUGGAUUGUGGAUGUUCUGGAGCCUGUGUAAGAGCUACUGAGAGCUCAGGUGGAAAUGAUUCUGCAGGGUGAGAUGGAGAGCGACUUGGUGGGUGUUGAUGUAAGAAGAUGAAAGCCAGCCCCAUCCGCAUUCCAACUGUCAGCAAUGACACCGACUGGGACUUCUGCUUCCACCUGUCCCAGCAAGCCAAGAUCCCAGCAUGCCAGCAAAAAGACGAAUUGUGUUCCUCUAGUGGGUCUGGAGAGAGUGAAGAAGACACUACAGCCGAGGAGAACGCUGUAGGCUGCAUGUCUCUUCCUAAAGAGAAAUUAGCCCAAUCCCAGAAGAAAAUAGCUCAGCUGAUUAAGAAAAAGAUGAAUACCCAAGCAAACAAGGAGCUGAUACGCUGUGUCAUCCUUUCUCGGAUUAUUUUUGGGGAAGAACACUGGAAAUGUGCACAGGCUGUGGCCAGCCUGGCUUAUGGCUACCUGACACUGAGAGGCCUCCCAGCUCAGGCCAAGAAACACGCUGAGUCCGCCAGGAACACGCUGCUGACCUGGAAGGACAGCACGACCUCAAACAAGGAGAAGAAGGAGAUCCUGGACGCUCUGGUCAUGCUGUACUAUACCCUGGGGGUGGCCUGGCUCCUGCAGAACCGUGGCAGAGAAGCUUAUUUCAACCUGCAGAAGGCAGAGAGAAACAUGAAGGAGCUGAGAGAAUUAUUUAAGGGAGGUGUUCGCAAAUCCCAAGUCUCGGAGAAAGACCUGACCAUUGCUUUGGGCAGGGCCUCCUUGGCCAUCCACAGAUUGAACCUCGCUCUGGCAUACUUUGAAAAGGCAAUUGGCAAUGUUAUUGCUGCGGAGGGCAAUAGGACAUUGGAUCUGGUCAGUCUAUAUGAGGAGAUCGCUCAGAUUGAGCAGCUGAGGAGGAACCACGAUCGGGCCAUCCAGUACUUGCAGCAGGCCCAUUCUAUCUGUGUUUCUUUGUUCACUGAAGUCAGCCCCCAAACUGCAGAGGCAAGCGCGUUACUAGCCAAGGCUCAUGCCAUGUCUGGAGAGGCCCAACACCGGGAUGCUGUUGAGAUAUAUUUUAUAAAGAGUAUCAAUGCAUAUCAAGCAACAUUGGGCCCAACGGAUUAUGAAACACUGACAACCAUUGAAGAAUUCUGCAAAUGGCUUGUCCAGAAUGGGGAAAAACAGGAGGCUUAUAGACUGCUAAAGGCUGCACUGAAGUCUCAGGUCAUCAGCUAUGGUGACUGUAGUGAAAAGGUGGCUGAAACUUUUUACAACAUGGGCAGGAUCUGCUUUGCCAAAGGACAGCUCAGAAAGGCGAUUCAGCUGUUAAGGAAGUGUCUGAUGAUUCAAAUCCUCUUAUAUGGAAGUGAGCACAGUAAAAGCAGAGACACAAGAGACCUCCUUACCCUAUUGCAAAGGGCGAGUAACAGUUCAUCCAGGUGGAGAAGAGAAACCAUUCCAGGAAGAAGGAACUGUAUAUGCAAAGGCCCUGAGGUGUGACAGAGGACAGUGUCUGGAAGCAGUGGUCUUCUGUUAUCGUUAAGAGAAAAACCUCUAUACUAAGAUAGCCAACAAUAAAGCCAACUGUUGAUAACAAAAAUUCUGGACCACAAGAUAUAUUUAUUAACACUGAUAGCAAUGGCAGAUCAAAGGUGGAACUAAGGACUGUAAAGAAAAAAACCCAAAAAACAAAAAACGGUCUACCGAGCAGCAGCAUUACAGGUAAAAUACCCAGGGCCCGUUAGAACACAUGAUCCUGAUCUAUAACUUGGGGUGGGGAGGUAGGAGUCAGAAAUCUUUUUCAGCCUGAUGCUUUUAGUUUCUUAGUGACUGGGAUUCCAAUACUCUUCUUACUUACCUUUUAUAGCUCAAAUUUCAUUCUUUUCAGUUCUGGCUUUUAAAGAAGAUAUCUAAGUUGUUGGUGGAUAUUUUAAUAUACUGUUUGGAAGUAGUUUUAGUCAUAACCUGUUUCAGGUCACUAAAACUGCCCUGUGAAGAAACAUUUGAUCUUCUGGAAACAUUUGCCCUGGUUUCAUGCCACGUGAAGGGUCAGAGUUUUUUUGUUUUGUUUUGUUUUUUAAAUAUUUUAUUUAUUUAUUUGUCAGAGAGAG